CCGACUCUGGCCAAUCACGCACCAGUUUGCGCGAGUCCCCGCGAGUCCCCAUGGUGACAAGAGGAGCCCGCCUUUUCCGGCCCCUUGGGGAGCCGCUUGUUCCUCAACAUGGGGACAAUACACUUGUUUCGCAAAUCACAGAGGUCGCUACUUGGCAAGUUAACACAAGAAUUUAGACUAGUAGCAGCUGAUCGAAGGUCCUGGAAGAUUUUGCUAUUUGGUGCAAUAAACGUAGUAUGUACUGGUUUCCUGCUUAUGUGGUGCAGUUCUACAAACAGCAUAGCUUUAACUGCAUAUACUUACCUGACAAUCUUUGAUCUUUUCAGCUUAAUAACAUGCUUAAUAAGUUAUUGGGUAAUGAUGAAGAAGCCCAGCCCAGCUUAUUCAUUUGGGUUUGAGAGAUUUGAAGUCCUAGCAGUCUUUGCUUCCACUGUUCUAGCACAACUUGGGGCUCUUUUUAUACUUAAAGAAAGUGCUGAACGGUUUAUGGAGCAACCAGAGAUUCACACGGGUCGAUUGUUGGUCGGUACCUUUGUGGCACUCUCUUUCAACCUCUUUACAAUGCUUUCUGUUAGGAAUAAGCCUUUUGCUUAUGUCUCUGAAGCUGCUAGUACAAGCUGGCUUCAGGAACAUGUUGCAGAUCUUAGCAGAAGUUUGUGUGGUAUCAUUCCUGGGUUGAGCAGCAUCUUUCUUCCACGAAUGAACCCUUUUGUUUUGAUCGACCUUGCAGGGGCUUUAGCUCUUUGCAUUACAUAUAUGCUAAUUGAAAUUAAUAAUUAUUUUGCAGUUGAUACUGCCUCGGCAGUAGCCAUUGCCUUAAUGACUUUUGGUACCAUGUAUCCCAUGAGCGUCUACAGUGGAAAGGUGUUGCUACAGCAAGUUUUAAAACAAAGGCUUAGGGAAGUUAUAGGCACUUUCUUAUGGAACCCUCAAAUUACAACACCACCUCAUGUGAUUGGACAGUUAGAUAAACUUAUACGAGAGGUUUCUACUUUGGAUGGAGUGUUAGAAGUUCGAAAUGAACACUUCUGGACAUUGGGAUUUGGUACUCUGGCUGGAUCGGUACAUGUGAGAAUUCGAAGAGAUGCCAAUGAGCAAAUGGUACUUGCUCAUGUGACCAAUCGAUUGUAUACUUUAGUAUCUACUCUGACUGUUCAGAUUUUCAAAGAUGACUGGAUCAGGCCUGCAUUGGCCUCCGGACCUAUUGCAAACAAUAUGCUGAAUCUUUCAGAUCAUCACAUCAUUCCAAUGCCACCUCUAAGGCCUUUAGAAAACUCUAGCCCUGCUACAUCUACUCCAGCCAAACCAAGCAGUCCACCUCCAGAAUUCUCUUUCAACACUCCAGGCAAAAAUAUGAAUCCAGUCAUUCUCCUGAACACUCAGACAAGGCCGUAUGGACUGGGCUUCAACCGUGGAACUGUGCCUUACAGCGGUGUUUUCACUCAAGGCUUUGGAGUGCCUGGAGUGGGGGCAACCCAGGGAUUCAGGACUGGCUUAAUAAAUGUCCCCCACAGAUAUGGAGCUGGCAUUCGAGGUCAGUCUAGACCUUAAUAAACUAUUUCCCAUAUUUAUUGUUUGAAUUCCCCCCCCCCACCUAUUUUAUUGCUCAGCUUUUACAAGACCAAUUUUCUAGAUGACUGGGAUCAAAUAUUUCCAAUAAUCAUGACACUAUGAGUUCAUAAUUUUAUUCAGUCUUUGAGACAUUGCUCUCAAUAACUGGAAAGCCCCAGCUUUACAAGUAGUGAGCUUAUUCAUAUCUUUAUUGUUUCUUUCAUAAAUGAUUACCACAUAAAAUGAGCAGAGCUCCAGAAGAAAACAAAUUUGCGAUGAAGUGAAUUUUUUUCUGAAUUCACCCCCCCCCCUUUUCUUAGCCUGAUGACUAUUAAAAGAUUGUUAUCUAACAUAAAGGUUUCCAUUAUUUUUCUAAAACUUUGGUGCCUCUGAUGUAAUCAUUCAAUCAUUUAAGGAGUCAUAUAUCUUUGGAAAAGAUGGAGAAGUGCUUCAAAUAAGUGUCCACAGAUGUCAAAAGUUCAAACAGACUGAAAUAUAGUUCGACCAUUUAUUUUAUAUAUAUUGCUGUCAGGUUUAUAAGAGUUUUGAUGACUCUUCUACAGCUUUAGCUAUUGCCAAUUAAUUUUUAUAUGUGUCUUCUAUGUUUGACGGUUUGCUGGAAAUAAAGUAUUAAACUUUACUGCUUUUAAA